GCACCGCGCACGCUCCCCUCAGCCGCGGCUCCAAAGCGGGAGGACGCACCGGUUCGCAGGUCAUCACCAUGACCGACUGCAAUCAGUAGGGCCAGCAGACAUCGGCCCCUCCCCAAUUCUGUCUUAAAAUUUACCAUUCUACUUAUAUAACUGGGCUAGAUCGAAAGAGCAACAACAUGCACCCUCCCCAGCGGAGCGCAGAUUGCAAAGCAAACGCCAUGGUCCACCAACCGGAAGUAGAAGAACCGGCAGCCAAUCGGCGCCCGGGUCUCAGCGGCCAAUCAGAGCUCGCCUUACAGGGCGGCGCCUGCCUAGCGCAGCUGGAGCUCGGGUGUCGUCGGGUGGCCGCGUCUGUCACCUGCACGGCGGGCGGAGCGCCCGAGAGGCUGCGUUGGUUCCCUGAACUACGCUAGGGACGAGCAUUUCAGCACCUGUUGCUCGCUGGGUUUGCUUGCAUUUGUUCCCAGCCACCACCCAUGUAAUGCACUCCCUGAGCCAGGAAAUCAAAGCGUUCUCCCGGAGCAACCUCAGGAAGCAAUGCACCAGGGUGACCACGCUGACGGGAAAGAAAAUCCUAGAGACGUGGAAAGAGGCGAGCAUCCACGUGGUGGAAGAAGUAGAGGCGAGCGGCGGGGGUGGCUGUGGUUAUGUGCAGGACCUUAGCGCAGACCUGCAGGUCGGCGUGGUCAAGCCUUGGUUGCUCCUGGGGUCACAAGAUGCUGCUCAUGACCUGGAUGUACUGAAAAAGCACAAGGUGACUCAUAUUCUCAACCUUGCAUAUGGAGUUGAAAAUGCUUUCCCCAGUGAGUUCACCUAUAAGAGUAUUUCCAUACUGGAUCUGCCUGAAACCAGUAUCCUGUCUUACUUUCCAGAGUGUUUUGAAUUUAUUGAACAAGCAAAAAUGAAGGAUGGUGUGGUUCUUGUUCAUUGUAAUGCAGGAGUUUCCCGGGCUCCUGCGAUUGUAAUAGGCUUCCUGAUGAAUUCUGAACAAAUCUCUUUUAGCAGUGCUUUUACUUUGGUGAAAAAUGCAAGGCCUUCGGUAUAUCCAAAUUCUGGCUUCAUGGAACAGCUCCGUACAUAUCAAGAGGUCAAAGAAGGCAAUAAGCUGGACAAACUACUGGAAUUGGAAAAGGACAGUUCACAAGUUGCAGAUGGUGGACAAAUGUAAUUUGGAAUUGGUCUCUGUAGCUGUCUUUCCUGUUUUAGAAAAUAAACUAGUAAAAAUUCCUUUUCUUUUGUUUUUCACCAGUGAAAUGGAGGUCAAC